UCUUCGGACACACCAUUCAAGACACCACAACCCGACGACCCGUUUCUCAUAAUGUAUACGUCGGGCACUACCGGCGCCCCGAAAGCCGCAGUAGCGACGCACCGGCAGAUGAUGGAGGGGUCAGCCCAGGCUCUACUAUCGGUUAUCACAUGGAUAGGCGGCGCCCGUAGCCACACGUACGUAGCGUUUCUACCAUUGGCUCACAUACUAGAGCUGACCCAAGAGUUCUUCUACUUCUACACCGGUAUCCGAAUCGGCUAUUCGUCGCCAUUCACUCUCACCGAUACGGCUCCGGGACUGGCCAGGGGUCAGACAUCUGACAUAAAACUACUAAAGCCUACUAUCAUGACUACAGUUCCCCUGGUGUUGGAUAGGCUACUGAAAGAGGUGGGCGACAAACUGGACGCCCGGUCCCCGAUUUUGGUUAACCUAUUCGGGUAUCUAAUUGACUAUAAAACUAAAUGGACUCGACAAGGCUACCGGUGCCCGAUUGUCAACAGUCUGGUGUGUCGUAAGGUUAGGGAGCAAUUGGGCGGUCGACUCGAUAUUGUCAUCGCAGGUGGCGCUCCACUCAACCCCACCACUCAGUCCCAUAUAAAAGCCCUACUGGACGUCAUAUUAGUGCAGGGAUAUGGAGCUACGGAAACCCUGGGUGCAGUAUUAUGUAUGGACUCCGAGGACCUAUCGUACGGGCGGGUAGGCGGACCCCUAUCGGGGGUUAAACUCAGGCUAAGCGACUGGGAUGAGGGCGGGUAUCACACAUCAGACACACCCUAUCCACGGGGAGAGAUAGUAAUCGGCGGCCAAUCAGUGGUCACCGGUUACUACGGGUCUCCCGACCAGACCCGCGAAGCGUUCCGAGUGGACUCCCGGGGCGUGCGAUGGUUCCACACGGGGGACAUCGGGGAACUGUAUCCGGACGGCACCGUACGUAUCGUCGACCGGCGCACGGAUUUACAUAAACUCCAAAACGGAGAGUACGUAUCGUUGGGUAAAAUAGAGGUGGCGCUCCACUCAACCCCACCACUCAGUCCCAUAUAA